CGCCAAAAGCCAAAUCCUGCACCCACUCACUGCUCCACCAAUCAGCACGGAGGAUGCUCAUGACCGCCGCCGUGCACAUGGACUCCGCCGCCCACGGUCGCGGACCAUCCUAUUCCACCUCCACCUCGCCGCCGCCGCCGGCAUGGUUCCCGGCCGGCAACCACCGCCUCCCCGGCGACUUCACGGCGCCGCCCACUCCCUCCCCGACGCCCGCCACCGCCACCGCCGCGCCGCCAAACCACCACCACCAAAACCUCCUCCGCCCCGCGGGCACGCGCCGCGCGGCCAAGCGGCGCCCGCGCCCGUCGCGGAAGCUGCCCACCACCUACAUCACCGCCGACCCCGCCAGCUUCCGCCGCAUGGUGCACCAGGUCACCGGCGCCGACGACCUACCUAUGACGGCGGCUCCUCCUGCGCCCGGAAACCUCUGCCGCCCGGCGCCAUACCGCGCUGGUGGUGCCGCCGGAGCGACGAUGCUGCCGACGCUGGACACGUCGGCGUUCCUGCUCGGCGCGCCUGGAGUGGCCGCCGGUCCGGCUGGGUCGGUGCCGACGCCUAGGCUGGAUGGGGCGGAGGCCGGCGGGGCUUGCAACCACAGCAGCAACAGCAGCAGCGGUGGCUUCCCAACCUUGGAUUCCUGGGAUGCUCUCUUCUAGCUACAGUUCAUAUCUAUCGACAAAUCAUCUUUAAUGCGUCGUUUGAAGAUCAAUCUCGCCUGCUAAUAAUUAAGAAUCCAUUCAUUUGCUGCAGUAAGCAUCGGUGUGUAGGUGGUAAUUAAUUGCUGAUUGAUUCUGUUAUCGAUUCUCUUCCUAGUUCUACCUUCUCCGAUUCCUCUGUCUCUCUCCAAAGGAAGAGGAGAAGGAAGCAAAGUGAAAACGUCGUUUGUUUGGUUGCCAGCCACUGUCACUAGCAGUGGAUUUGAGCUUAAUAGCAGGCUAAUUGUAAAAGGCACCAAAAAACAAUUAAAACGUGAGGUUGUCAUUAG